UUCUCCGGGGUCAAAUUUCUUUUGGCAAAUCAGAGCAGCCUCUCCGGGAAUCCAAAGAAACACAAGUGGAGCCUCGAACUGCGCCGAGAUCCGUCUCUGGAUUUAUAAAGUUUUUGCGGCCUGUUUCUCCCCGACUGAAGUCGCUUUCACGCUGAUGACGAUGUUAAUGUUGGUGGCUUUGGUCGGCACGAGAGGUUAAAGCAUUGAAGGAAAUACAUGUUUGAGUGUUGAAUGAUCUCGGUUGGCUGCAGAUCCCCGAGCAGAGAGCGUUUUGGGGCGGCAGCAGAGGCAGACCGAGAGCGAAGGAAAACACGGAAACGAACAGAUUUGUCACGCAGCUCAACAUGAACCUGAUCGGGGGCUACCAGCAUCACCACCACCUGAUGCACGAGCCCUUCCCGUUCGUCCAGCGGUGUCACCAGGAUGCACCCUACUUCCAGAGCUGGGUGGUGAACCACGGAGAGGUGCCGCCGGACUUCCAGAUCCAGGCGCCCUACCAGGCGGCGGAGCUCGGACCGCCUGGAGCGACGCACGACGCCCGGCUGGAGGGCGCGCAGGCCGGGAUGGGGAAGAGGAGAACGUCGGGGCCGAAGAAGGAGCGCCGGAGGACGGAGAGCAUCAACACAGCGUUCGCCGAGCUGCGGGAGUGCAUCCCCAACGUCCCCGCGGACACCAAACUGUCGAAAAUUAAAACUUUACGCCUGGCGACCAGUUACAUCGCCUACCUGAUGGACGUGCUGGCCAAAGACUCCGGGGAGACGGAGGGCUUCAAGGCCGAGAUUAAGAAAUUUGAAAACAGGGAUCUGAAACGGAAACGGGAGCCGGCUGACGGGCUGCAGGAGACGUUAGGAGCCGAGAAGAAAGUGAAGGGCCGGACCGGGUGGCCGCAGCAGGUCUGGGCUCUGGAGCUCAACCAGUGACCCCCCCCCCCCUCC